AUGUCUACCAGCGAAGUGCCUUACCCUUUCCAGUUCGACUCCCUGCGGACCCACAAACCAGGUAUUGGACCCCAGAAUGGCACCACGCAGGAUGUGACUGUCAAACUGCCAAACGUGCGCGGCAAAAUCCCAUCGCUUCAGGCAUCUCGUCUCCGUACGAUGAUGCUCGAGGCACAUGGAGACCCAAACAAGAUCCUUGCGCACGCAUGCUCCUACGACGGUCUUUCCUCUCGCCUGGUCGAGGAGGCCGGGUUUCCCAUGGUCUUCCUUGCCGGGUACGCGGUUGCCAGCUCCUACGGCCUCCCCGAUACGGGGUACAUUGCUAUGGCUGAGAUGUGCGACAAAAUUCGUGAUGCCGUCCGGCAGGUGUCGGUUCCUGUUAUGGCGGAUGGUGACACGGGGUAUGGCAGUCCAUUGAACGUCAAGCGGACAGUGGAGAGCUUUGCUGCUGCUGGUGCGGCUGGAGUUAUGAUUGAAGAUCAGCAAUGGCCUAAGAGAUGCGGCCACACGAAAGGGAAAAGCGUCGUGUCGCGCGAGGAAGCCUUCGCUCGUAUCAAAGCCGCCUGUGACGCCCGCAAUGAAGGCCUCGAUAUAUUCAUCCUGGCACGGACGGAUGCUCUUAUCCACGGGUGGGACGAAGCCAUGUCCCGAGCACACGAGUUUCGCCGUCUCGGCGUCGAUGCGGUUUUUGUUGAAGCUUUGCCGGACCGCGAGGCCAUGACACGCUGCGUGCAAGAAGUGGGCAUUCCGACCUUCGCAAAUAUUAUCGAAGGCGGUAAGACCGAAAACUUGUCGGCCAAGGACCUUGCGGAAUUGGGGUUCUGCGCUGUGGCGUAUCCGUGGACGUUGGUCGCCGCACAUUUGCGGGGACUCCGUGAAGCCCUUGAUGGGUUGAAGCGGAGCAUGACGGUUGGAGCGCCGCCUAUGAUACUGACAUAUGACCAAGUUUGUGAAGGUGUUGGGUUUAAUAAGUACUGGGAAUUGGAGGAGAGAUAUAAGUACGAGUGA